GAGGCUGGACAUGAGGAGGAAAUUCUUGGGUGUGAGGGUGGUGAGAGCCUGGCCCAGGUUGCCCAUGGAAGCUGUGGCUGCCCCAUCCCUGGCAGUGUUGAAGGGCAGGUUGGAUGGGGCUUGGAGCAGCCUGGGCUGGUGGGAGGUGUCCCUGCCCAUGCAGGGGGGUGGGACUGGAUGAUCUUUAAGGUCCCUUCCAACCCAAACCAGUCUGGGAUUCUCUGAUUCUAUCAAUGUCCUGUGAAAUGUGAGCAGCUAAUUUUAGGUGACAACACAGCUGAAGGUGCCAAACCUCCCAAAAGGGGAAGGAAUGUACAUCCAGCUUGACUGCCUGUAGCUCCCAGCUGCUCUGGGGCACUGGAUGUUUAUGCCACCUCCAGUACAUUAAAUCUUUUGUGUGGAGACAUAAUCCUUCGUUGUGACAUUAGCAGAGGGAGCUGUUGAGGAAAUGAUUGUGAAAUGCCUUGUGUUAUGGAAGAGCAGCAGCAGGAGGUGCAGCUGAGGUGGUUUGCUCCGGGCUAAGGCUCUCCAGCCUCUCAGGGCCUUUCCAAGUGCUAAUUAAUUCAGAGCUGGAGUUGUCUGUUUUCAGCACUGGACAAGUAGUGACACAGGGAGUGUGGAGGCUGAUCUGGGACCUGGAAGGACCUGAGUAAAACCCAGGGCUUGGUUCCCAGCUGACAUGCUCUGCAGGAAGGAAGGAGGCUGUAUUACAUGAUCCACUACAAGCUCCCUAGAUUUUUCUGCAUCUGCUGCCCUGCUUCCCAUGAUCCUGAUGAUCCCACUGCUGGGAUGUGGCAGGGACUGCACAGCACAGUGCAUCCUGUGGAUGCUCCUGCCUUCUCCUCUGGGUUGCCCCAAAGCAAGGACACACAUCUGGCUGGAGUUCACACACUUCUACCCUGGAAAACAUCCCUGACUGAAGGCACAGCUUUUUAAGGCCACUUCUUGUGUAGCACAGAGGAUUCCAGUCGGGUCCCAACCUUCUGUCACACCCCAGGCCAGCAAGGACUAAGAGUGCCCUCUGCUGCACUCCUUCUCCUCAUCUUCCCAUGGCAGCAUCCCCUCACUGUUUGGGAAUAAACAAAACAACUCUUUUCAUACACAAACCAACCCUUUCAUAUUCUAAAGAUCUUUUUGUGCAGGCUGGCUGAGAAGCCUGGUUCUGUAUUUCAGCAGCAACCAGCAAACAUCCUGCCCCGAGAUCAAAAACGUGUGAUAUCCCACAUCAAUCCCCAGGAACAAGGAAAACCCUACAGGGAAGUUCUGCCCUUUAUCAACAACUUUCACCCUGUAGCUUUUCAACUGCCCUGUACAACAAGCAGCUCCUCGUUGCAGGAGUUCAGGCAGCAGCUUUUCUAGUGGUGAAGCUGUCACUGCUGGCAGUGCCAAGCAUUGGUGAUGCCUGGGCAGCUAAGGUACCAAAUUGUGCCUGGCAGCCCUGAACUCCAUCCCUCCCUCCUCUUCCAAGGAAAGCACCACAAAACUCUGCUUAUUAAAGUCCAGCAGCCAAACAGGAAUGGAUGUAGGUAGGAAAAGGGGGGUUGUGUCAAGAAAGCUGUCCCAGGCUUCAUACUUGUGGAGUUAAAAAGAGGGGGGGGAAAAAUAAUAAAAAUAAUCAUCUUGCUUUUCCUGGGGUUUGAUUUACCCGCGUGGAAAGCAACCAAGCUGCAGGCUGUGCCGGCAGCCCCAGGGCCACAGGAAUCUGCUCAUGUUCCCUGGAAUUUGGACAUUUUUUCUCCCAUUCCAGCUCGCCACUCAGGCGCGGGGAACGCCCCCUCCAGGAGCCUAUUUAAAGAGGAGCUGGUGUGCAACUUGCUCCGAAGAGAAAGGAGCAGCUCCAGAGGGGAAGGAGGGAGUCAAUCGGCAGCCUGAAUCCCUUCCCUUUGCUCGGGAUGUCUGGCAUUUUGGGAACAGUGACCUGGACCCUGUUCCUCCUCCUCCUUGCUCCUGGUUGGGUAGAACCACAGGCCUGCACGUAUCCCUGCCAGUGUUCCUCUCAGCCCCUGCAGUGUCCCGCUGGCACCAGCCACGUCUUGGAUGCCUGUGGUUGCUGCAAGGUGUGUGCCAGGCAGCUCGGCGAGCUCUGCUCCCUGCAGAAACCCUGUGACCACCACAAGGGGCUCUACUGCGACUUCUCCAAAAUCCACAGAGGCAGCGGGAUCUGCUUAGCUCACGAAGGUGAGACUUGUGACCUGCUGGGCAAGAUCUACCACAACGGGGAGAGCUUCCAGCCCACCUGCAAGCUGCAGUGCAUCUGCAUGGACGGGGCCAUCGGCUGCAUCCCGCUCUGCUCCGACGACCUGCGCCUGCCGUCCCCCGACUGCCCCAGCCCCCGGCGCGUCAAGUUCCACAACAAGUGCUGUGAGGAGUGGAUCUGCCAGGAGGACAGCCAGGAGAACCGUGUCCAAACAGCCAUGGCAGUUUUCAGGGAGGAUCCAGCACAGAAGCCAGAGCUGAAUAACCUGCAGGAGAACUGCUUGGUGCAGACCACUGAGUGGAGUGCCUGCUCCAAGAGCUGUGGGAUGGGCAUCUCUGCCCGGGUCACCAACGACAACCCCUGGUGCCGCCUGGAGAAGGAGACCCGGCUCUGCAUGGUCCGGCCCUGUGACUUCACUGUGGAGAAAACCAAGAAGGGGAAGAAGUGUGUACGGACCCCACGGCCACGCCAGAGCCUCCACUUUGAGUUCUCAGGCUGCACCAGCACCCGUUCCUACAGACCCAAGUUCUGUGGCAGCUGCACCGACGGCCGCUGCUGCACCCCCUUCCUCAGCAGCACCCUGGAGGUGGAGUUCCGCUGCCCCGAGGGGGACUUCUUCCGGAGGAAGAUGAUGUUCAUCAAGAUGUGCUCCUGCCACUACGACUGCCCCAGAGACAACGACAUCUUCCUGGCCACGUAUCACCGGAGGAUGAUUGGAGACCACGUCAAGACAGAGAGGCAGUAGUAGCCUUCUCCGUGCCAGACCCGCGGGCCGAGGUGUCAAGAGGGUUCUGCAGCGCUUUCGUGGCUGUGUCCCAGGACGACGCAGCCUCUUCCCCCUCUGUGAGGGGCUCUGCCCUUCAGGACAGCACCAUUUACCACCAGCGCUCCCAGUGGCUGUGCCCAACGAGACGCAGGGGUGAGCGGCCCCGUCCUGCCCCAGGGAAUCUCUUCAGAACGGGCUCCGGGGUGGGAAAGGGGUUGGACCCACCAGCUCUCACAGUCACAUCGGCUCUGGGCUCUUUGCUGGGGCGGGGGUCACAAGUUGGAGGGACACAGCUGAGCUCGGGGCUCCCCGGGGAUUUCAAGGCAGUUGCAAGAAAAUCGCCCGCGUUGUAAACGGAGCCGAUUCCUGCUGGAGUCAGGGAGGCGGUGCCGCCGGACCCUGCGUGGUGCCGGGCUCCUGGCGGUCUUCCUGGGAUUCCCUCCUCCCCAGCGGGUCGUGCUGAUUGCCGACCGGUGGCUCCGGGUGAGGACACCAGUGCAGGAGCCACAUCCCCCAGUCCGGGAUCCCUGGGAUCUCUGAAGUCUCAUCAACGUGUUUAGUCUCUGCUGAUUGUUUUAGCAGAAACAUCCAGGUAAAACCCGGGCUCGUUCCUUAAAUCCUCCCUGCCCUUCACCACUGGAAAUCCUGAGGAAUCCCUGUCCCAGCCGGGCAGGGGCCGUGCAGCAGCUCCCAGGCUGGUGGUCCCACCACAGCUCCUGUCCCGAGGCAGAUCCCGAGGGUGGUCCCAGCUCUGCAGCCCCCAACUCCCCAUGGACACCCGUGUGUCUCCCCUCAGCCCCUCUUCCUCAGCCUGGGGAAGCUUGUGAGCCUCCAGCCUCCUGUCACCUGUACUCAAGUGGAACAGUAAAUACUUUUUCUGA